AUGGAACCAGGCAAUGAUACACAAAUUUCAGAAUUUAUUCUCCUGGGAUUCUCAGAGGAACCAGAGCUACAGCCCCUCAUAUUUGGACUUUUCCUCUCCAUGUACCUGAUCACCGUGUUUGCAAACCUGCUCAUAAUCCUGACUGUCAGCUCAGACUCCCAUCUUCACACCCCCAUGUACUUCUUCCUCUCUAACCUGUCCUUUGUAGACAUCUGUUUCAUCUCUACCACUAUCCCAAAGAUGUUGUGGAACAUCCAGACCCAGAGCAAAGCUAUAACCUAUGAAGGCUGCAUCACACAAAUUUAUUUUUUCCUCCUCUCUGCAGUGUUGGACAUCUUCCUCCUGACUGUGAUGGCCUAUGACCGCUUUGUGGCCAUCUGUCACCCACUGCACUAUACAAUCAUCAUGAAUCCCCGGAUCUGUGGACUACUGGUUCUGCUCUGUGGACUGCUGGUUCUGGUGUCCUGGGUGAUGAGUGCUCUGAAUUCCCUGUUACAAAGCUUAAUGAUGCUGCGAUUGUCCUUCUGCACAGGCUUGGAAAUCCCUCACUUUUUCUGUGAGCUCAAUCAGGUUGUCCGAUGUGCCUGUUCUGACACCUUUCUUAAUGACAUAGUAAUAUAUUUUGCAGCUGCAAUCCUGGGUGGUGGUGCAUUCACUGGAAUCAUUUAUUCAUACUCUAAGAUAAUCUCCUGCAUACGAAGAAUUUCAUCAACUCAGGGGAAAUAUAAAGCAUUUUCUACCUGUGCAUCUCACCUCUCGGUUGUUGCCUUAUUUUAUUGUACAGUCCUAUCAGUGUACCUUAGCCCUGCUUCUACCCAUAGCUCACAGUCAAAUAUAACAGCUUCAGUGAUGUAUACAGUGGUCACACCCAUGCUGAACCCUUUCAUCUACAGUCUAAGGAAUAAAGACAUAAAAAGGGCUCUGAGAAGAUUCAUUGGGAUGGUGUCUCUAAAAAUGCCAACUUACCUCUGGUUGAAAAAGUGUAAAUGA